CCUGCAUCCCUUGUCUGUUUGGUUUUCGUCUAGUAAAAUUAUUGAAGUUACAAUUUUGCCAAAUUUUAGAAAAAAAAUAAAACGAGUGAUAUUUACUUCAAAAUUAAAUAAUACUUGCCAGACUCAUUAUCACAUUGUAUAAGCAAUAAUGGAAGAAAAACAAAAAGUGGCGGCGACAGAACAAGGAAACAGUGAAAAAUCCAAUUCAGCUGUCGAUACAAUUAAGCCAUUGCCAGCAAGUACAGAAACGUCAGCAAUAAAGUCUGUGAUUUGUGGGGACGAUAAAGCAGAUUCAGAAAAGACCGGUGACACUGGUUCCGUACCAGGAACGACGCCAUCCAGUACAUCAGCUGAAGGAAACGAGCAAGUCCAAAAAUCGAGUAGUGGUCAAGGCGGCGAUGGAAUUACUAAAAAGGAUGAAGUAUUCUUGACACCCCCGCCAGCGUCUACCCUCCUCAUUCGACGAGCUGGAACUGGUAAUAAUAAUGGAACAUCAACCUACGUAGUUGGUCCUGCCAGCAAGCCAACUACUCCUCAGCAAGGCGUGGAAGAAGAAGAGGACGACGACGACGAAGACAUGGAAAUGACUCCUCCUCCUACUACUAAUAUCAACACAUUUUUUAGUAAAAGAUCCGGAAAAGGGUCGUUCUCAUCAUCCUGUGGAAAAGAUUCAUCAACUAAACGGAAACCUGGAAGACCAGUGGGCAGUGUUGGACCUUAUAAACGCAAAAAAAUGGUUUCUGAAGGGGAUUAUAGUACUCAUCCUGGUGAAGUUAGGGUUUCUAGCCGAAUGUCGACCAGUAUCUUUAAACACGAUAUUCUUAGUGCAACUGGCAUCGUUAGUGUUUCACAUCAAGUACAAGAGAAUUCGCCUUGGAUUUACCCAUCCGUGAUUCGUACAUCACAAGUAGCUAGUGGGGGUAAGCCUCCAAUGGCUGGCUUUCGGAAGCCAUAUUCAAAAGGAUAUAAAAGGGAAAAGGAAUCAUUAAUUGACAACAUUGACCCCUUAACUGGCAAAAGAAGGUACACGAGAAGAAAAAAGCUUGGAAAUGAAAGAAGGGAUACAUUUGACGACUUUAGUGGAGAAAGUGAACCCGAUGGUGAUAAGCUCAUUAAAUUUCAUUUGAGCGAUAAUGGAGUUUGGAGGCCAACAGAUGAUUUAAGAUUGAUGGUCAACAUGAGAGUUAAAAACGACUUGGAGAGCAUCUAUUAUGGAGUCAGAUUUUCUUGCUUUUUUUCCUUGAGAGAUAUUCAGGAACGGUGGAAAAGGUUGUUGUACAAUGAGAAGGCUAGUCUAGUGUCACAAAAUGCAAUUAAUGUCAUUCAUCCAGACGUCAAAUCAAAAAUUUAUCACCAAUCUGUCUUUAGUCCAGAGGAAGAAUAUCUUGUUUCAUCUGUUAAAGUUGACUCGGAUUGCAACCCAGAUAUCAAAAUAUUUCAAGAGAUUCUUGAAAAUAAUCCUCAUAUUUUUAGUAAGCAUCGAACCGCAAGAAGAUUGUUAAUGCAUUGGCUCGAUAUGAAGGACUACUAUCUUCUUCCGCAUCAAAAUCCACUGGAAUACAAUCCUGGCCAAACUUUUGAAGACUAUGAAGAUUGUGUUUGUGAAAGUCACUAUGACAUUCAUGAAGACAUCGACAGUGAAUCUGUUUUGAUGGAGUUGGCAAGUGAAGAAAGAAACUUGAAGAAGAAACUUCGUCUUCUUGACGAUGAGAUAAAUGCUUGGCAAGUUAUCACUGGACAAAUCAUUGAAGAUGGAAUGAAGAACAAUAAACUACCCCCUCUUCCUACUGAUUUUGAUGGAAAGACAUUUGCACUAUUGAGGGGAAAAGAAGUAUACUAUGGAAUGACUUCCAGAGAGAUAAUUCUAGGAAGAAGUACUAAGGAUUGUAAAGUUGAUGCGGACCUCUCGGAAGAGGGUUCUAGCAACAAAAUUUCUAGAAAGCAAGCUAUAAUAAGGUUAAAAAGAAUGGGAAGAUUUGUUAUCAUUAACAAAGGAAAAAGACCAAUAUUUGUAAAUAAAAAAGCUGUUCCGUACCGAUGUGCUGCAGUGCUUCAUGAUCAGGCUGUAAUUCAGAUCGCGCAGAUUGACCUUAUAUUUUUUAUAAAUGAAGCCUUAAUUGCUCGAGUAAUAGAGCGGGAUGUCAGUGGUGAAAUUUAUGCCAGCUUCAAAGAUCUGGAGAAUGAAAGUGCGACAACAUCUUCCAAGUCUGCCCUGCCAAGUACGUUAGUAACCCCUCGGCAAUAUUCGACUCUUUACACAAGUUCCAACGGAGCGAUUCAGUCGCAAGUUCGAGCUGGAACAGGUGAUGCCACUACCUUGUCAAACCCAAAUGUUAAUAAUCCUUCGCUGGGCGUUAAUGAUGGAACUUGUGAACCUAUUUGCCAACCACCAGCUUCAUAUAUAACUAUAUAAUGUUGUACUGCCGACAAGGUAUUUAUAAGAGAGAGUUGUAUAAGAAUUAUUAUUACCAAUGUGGUUAACACGAACUUAUUGUAUAUUUUAUUUCAGAAGUGACAUUAUGUUCUUAAUCAAUAAAAUUGAUUAAAAUGUA